CACCGUUACCUUUUUCUGCUGGGUGCUCGCCGCCGCUCAGGCCUGGGAGUCUACCGCAGGCGGGCGAAGCUGUACUGGGCGCCCGCGCGGACUGCUGGGCCGCGCACCUUCCUCCUCGCAUCCCGCUCUCGGACAUGGUGGCCCCUGGCUCCGUGACCAGCCGGCUGGGCACGGUGUUCCCCUUCCUGUUGGUCUUGGUGGACCUGCAGUACGAAGGUGCUGAAUGUGGAAUAAAUGCAGACGUUGAGAAACAUCUUGAAUUGGGCAAGAAAUUACUUGCAGCUGGACAGCUAGCUGACGCUUUAUCUCAGUUUCAUGCUGCAGUAGAUGGUGACCCUGAAAACUAUAUUGCAUACUAUCGGAGAGCUACUGUCUUUUUAGCUAUGGGCAAAUCCAAAGCAGCACUUCCUGAUUUAACUAAAGUGAUUGAAUUGAAGAUGGAUUUCACUGCAGCAAGAUUACAGAGAGGUCAUUUAUUACUCAAACAAGGAAAACUUGAUGAAGCAGAAGAUGAUUUUAAGAAAGUGCUCAAAUCUAAUCCAAGUGAAAAUGAAGAAAAUGAAGCCCAGUCUCAGCUUACAAAGUCUGAUGAAAUGCAGCGUUUGCGUUCACAAGCACUUGAUGCUUUUGAAAGUGUAGAUUAUACUGCUGCAAUAAGCUUCCUUGAUAAGAUUUUAGAGGUUUGUGUUUGGGAUGCAGAACUACGGGAACUUCGAGCUGAAUGUUACAUAAGAGAAGGGGAACCUCGGAAGGCUAUAAGUGACUUAAAAGCUGCGUCCAAGUUGAAGAAUGAUAAUACUGAGGCAUUUUAUAAAAUCAGCACACUGUACUACCAACUCGGAGACCAUGAGCUGUCCCUCAGUGAAGUUCGUGAAUGCCUUAAACUUGAUCAGGAUCAUAAAAGGUGUUUUGCACACUAUAAACAAGUGAAGAAACUUAAUAAGCUGAUUGAGUCAGCUGAAGAGCUCAUCAGAGACAGCAGAUACACAGAUGCCAUAAGCAAGUAUGAAUCUGUCAUGAAAAUGGAGCCCAACAUCGCUGAAUAUACAAUUCGUUCAAAAGAAAGGAUUUGUCACUGCUUUUCUAAGGAUGAGAAGCCUGUUGAAGCUAUUAGAGUAUGUUCUGAAGUUUUACAGAUGGAACCUGACAAUGUGAAUGCUCUGAAAGAUCGAGCAGAGGCCUAUUUAAUAGAAGAAAUGUAUGAUGAAGCUAUUCAGGAUUACGAAGCUGCUCAUGAACACAAUGAAAAUGAUCAGCAGAUUCGGGAAGGUCUGGAGAAAGCACAGAGACUCCUGAAACAGUCACAGAAGCGAGAUUAUUAUAAAAUCUUAGGAGUAAAAAGAAAUGCCAAAAAGCAAGAAAUUAUUAAAGCGUACCGAAAAUUAGCACUGCAGUGGCACCCAGAUAACUUUCAGAAUGAAGAAGAAAAGAAAAAAGCUGAGAAAAAAUUCAUUGACAUAGCAGCUGCUAAAGAAGUGCUCUCGGAUCCAGAAAUGAGGAAGAAGUUUGAUGAUGGAGAAGAUCCUUUGGAUGCAGAAAGCCAACAAGGAGGCAGCGGCCACCCUUUUCACAGAAGCUGGAACUCAUGGCAAGGGUUCAAUCCCUUCAGCUCAGGAGGACCAUUUAGAUUUAAAUUCCACUUCAAUUAAACCAACUUUUUCUGCUCUUCUUCCUUAAUUUUUUAAAGAUUAAAACAAAACCUUAUACUGGGAUCUCAAUGAAAACAAAUUUCAGAUCUUUCUUUGUCCAUGACCAAAGAGUUAUUUUAAUAGGAAAAAUUCACUUUAGACUGAAGGUUAAUGGCUUUGCAAGGGCAGGAAGGCGAGGAGUGGUUCUGCUGACAGAGCAGCCAUGCUGUGUUACCAGUGGAUGCCACUGGAAGCGACGGACUCACCUGUGAACGUGCUCAUGGAUGCUGUCUCUCCCGACAUGGGCGCACGGAAUCUCUUUCACAGCCUGGCAUAGCACCUGCACGGAGGAGCUGUCACCUUCACGAGAAUGGGCCAUGUCACAUGUUCUUCAGGAGGAUAUGAAUGGGUAAAGCAUGCAUGUGCCUGGUCAUGUGCAAGUGUUCAAUUAUUGUGCCUCCUUUAGCUGGCAGGCCCUUGGCACUGGCAGCAUCAUGGCUGUCAGUGAGAGGUGCAGAGCCCAGUUUUUAGUCAGCUUGCCACCAAAUGGUAGCUAACAUGCCAGGGAUAGACUAGGAGUCACAUUAAGCCUAUUUGGGUGGUUGGUACCAAUUUGUCUUGAACUUAAUUGCAAAACUUACAGGCCAGUUAACUAAAAUUAAUCCAUAAGAACAGGUUCAAGUGGCAUAGCUGUGGUAUUAUUUAAUAUUGCUGAAGUUUGGUUUGAAAUACUUUUUAAGCAACCCAAAAUUGGUUUAGAAAUUGACAGUGGCUCAGUCAACGAAAACAGAGACUGCUGUGGUUCAUGCUGCCAGCCAGUGCAGGGGGCCGGCUUCUCGUCUGUCUGGCUCCACUCCAGGCUGCGGCCACCUCCCUGGCGCCACUGACAGUGCACAGUGAACAGCAGAUCGCGCACAGCGAGAGGUGCUCCUGCUAGGAGGAGGGACGGACCUGAGUCAGUCCGCGCUGGCUGUGUGUCCUUCCAGCCAAUCAGAUGCCAUUUCCUCUGAAGUACCCGUUACUUUUUAACAAGGUAACAGUCUAAAAAUGUACUAGUCAGUCUUUGUAUAUUGAUUUUUGUCCCCCAAAAUGAGUGUUAUUAAAUCAAGAUCUUUGAAUAUUUACGGAACUACUGAUGCUGCAUUUAAAACCUAAAAUAAUUACUUUAGAAAAGAAUUGUUACCUUUAUUCUAGACAGGUUUUUGUUUUUGUCUUGAAGCAUUCUGAAACAUUUUAAGCAUUAAAAGGUCUAAUGUGUUGAUUUUAUAAAAUCAAGCAUUUUAAUUUACUAAGGCAUCCUGUCCAUGAAUAUCCAUAGAAGCCAAGCACAAACCAUUUUCUUCUGUAGUUAGACCCUUAAACAUGUGCGGAAGAAAUUUUUUUAAUGAAAGACACAAUCACAUGGUUGAGCAAAGCACUCAAGUGCUUUUUGAGUCUAUGUAGGACCCCAUUUCUUACCAAUAAACUUGACAGUGCAUUUUGAAAACCAGUGACGAGCUUGCAGCUUUGAUUUGUUUUAGUGGCUCAGAUCUCAAGCCAGUGUGAAAUUGGCAAGGUAGAUUCUUUGUUCCGCAGUCUGGGUAAGCUCAUCCCUCACUAUCAGCAGUGUGUAUUUAAAAAUCUGGUUGCUUCUGCAGAUGUGACUGUGAUCCUCUUUGAAAUGCAGUAAUGGCCUCCCCCUACUUUCAGAAGUAAGUUUCUGCAUCCUGCGAACAGAGGAGACACAGGACUUGCCCUUGCCUUUGGAGAGGAGGGAAGUUGCCGAGGAGGAGCCAGAGGGUGCGGGGGCUGUUCCAGCGGGGCUGUGUGGGAAAUGUCCCAGGUGUCACUGUCCCACUGUGCUGCCCAGGCAGUUUUUUGCAUUUUUAUUUUUUUUUACCUGUACCAAAAUUACUGUGGAUCACUGGAAAUGUGCAGACAGCUGCAAGCCUGUUUCAGUGAAGAGAAAGCCACUUUGGUGCCAAGUACCAGCACCAUAGAGAGGAACAAAUUCUCUGGCCUUUGUUGUUUUGCUGAUUAGUGAAGUAAUGACCUUUAAGUUCCAGCCCGGAUGGCCACUGGUAGUCUUCCGAUGCCCACUGAAUGGGAAGACGGUCAUUGUGUGCUUUCCCUGAGGAAAGUCCUGCGUGUGCGAAGGGGAGAACAGUCAUCUCUCCCACCUACCUGACAUGGGAUGUACGAACACAUUACUGAGACGACGUCUGCCCUUUUUUUGAGGCCACCUUCCACACUUCAGUCCAUUUUUAGGAACCACAAGUGCCACAAGUGUAAAUUUUGUGGCUGUGAGAAAAAUGAGAUCCGAAGAGGUGCUCUAGCCCCAGGUAGAUUCUACUCCUCUCCCGGCUGUGCCUGCCCUGUGGGAGUGUCUGGGAUAGUGUCACAGGCACUUCCCACAGCAGGAAGUAGUAAACACAUCGGCUCUCCACCUUGUUAGAAAGGUCCUUGUGCACUCCUCAGUUCUGAAAGCUUGUGCUUUCUUAGCACCCAUAGAUGAAAACCGGCAAAUACCUUAAACAGUAAAGCAGCAAUUGGAAGUAACAUAAUAUUAACUUUAAAAUGUUAUUCCCUUUAAUGUUACAAGUCUACAUUUAAGUAUUAGUAGGAAAAUAAUUUGUUGGAGUUCUGAUAAUAGACUCUAAAACCUCCCCAUGAUUUUAAAACAAGGCCAUGAUAUAACUAUGUUUUAAGAAGGCCAAUAGGAUCACAGUUUAAAAUUGGCAUCAUUUUCUAUUCCUGGUAGAUAAUGAAAAAUUUCUGAUUUAAACACAUGAAGUUGUACUUGGUGUUCACCAGAAAGAAAGAAAAGGUGGAAGUUAUAAGUGGCUCUUUGGUCAGGCCUCUCUCAGAGCCGAUAGCCUUCCUGACACGUGGCCCUGGUGCCGGGUCUUGCAAAUGUCUCCAUGUGUACAUAUUGGGAUGGCCUAGAGAGAUUCACGCAGCUUUCUUGAAUGUGGUUGGCUUUUCUGUUUAUCAAUAAAGGAAGAAGGCAAAUACUAAUUUGUCAACUAAUAUCCUUGGUGUAGAUCAGAUCAUUCUUUUUCCGUUAAUGACAGAAUUUAUUCUGUGAUUUUAAAUGAUAUUCAGGUGGGAGUAAUUUUUUUCAGAUGAUCUCUUUGUUGAAUGAUUUAAACAUAAAAUUAGCCACUGCGUGGCUUCAUGUACAUUCAUCUGUGGAUGAAACAUUUACCUGCAGAGGAGAGCAGAGCACAGAGGUGAAAACCGAAGAUGUUUGAGAAGUUGAAUUAUUACUCUAACCCUGAGGUUUGUUUUGAAUGAGAAAAGACUUAGUCCAUCUCAGUUUAGUGUUUUAAUAAAGGAACCUAAAAUUUGAAAUAGGUCUCAGACAUGUCUACAAAUAUGGGUACUAUUUUUGAUGCCCCUGUAUUUUCACAUUUAAUAAAAAUAUUUAUGGUUAUAUCA